AUGGCCAAGCAAGCUACCAUUCCGCAGCACCCACUCGUGCGAGUCGAGGUCAUCCGCGCCUUGGUUGAGUCUCACAUGCUGAGCGGUGCCGAUCUGCUGGCACUCGCGCUUGUGAGCAAGGCGGUCUUUCGGCUUGUGUAUCUGGAACGGAGGCGCGACAGGAUCAGGACGGUUCCCUUCGUCGGCUACCCUCGGAACCCCGUCAGCUCCGCCAUUGACGCCGAUGACCGCGAGAGUCUGGAGGAGGAUCUGAAGCUAAGCGAGCUCGAUAAGAAUGCGGAUUGCCCCAACGGCCAGUUGCUUCGCGUCCACGGAGGGAGUGGCAUCCACCUGCUCAUGAGCUUGUGCAUUCAGAGUGGCGCCCUUCGUUGCCUCGGGGUCCUGAUGAAGUUGGCCGCCGACCCAGCGACUCCCUUCAACUUCAGCCUGAAAUGGCUGUACAAUAAGGCACAAGACGAAGCGCUGCGCUACGGCCGCCUCGAGGUCCUGUUAUGGCUGCACGACUGCGACAAGGAUCACACCCGCUUCGGGCCGCCGGACGCGCUCUACAAGACUCUCCUCAAGCAAGCCCGCUCGCCCGCCGCCAUCGGCUGGCUGGCCCGCCGCCUGCCCCACGACACGGACUAUCUGCCGAUUCUUGUCACGCAGUGUGCCAACAAAUACGCCCAGCCGGCUGUCCUGGAAGUCCUGAUCGACCUCGUCCCCCAUCACAGGCUCUCCUCGGCGGUCAGCCUCGGCGACAGCGAGAGCAGCAGCGACAGCGGUGCCGACGAUAGCAACAGCAGAAGCAGCGCCGGCAAGCCCACGACGGCCCUCUGCGCUGCCGCAUCCGCCCUGCACGUCCAGGCCAUCGACAUCCUCCUCCGCAGCGGCGCCCUCGGCUUCCAGCCGCCCAGCAGCAGCUCCAGCAGCAGUAUCAGCAGCAUCAGCACCAGCGGCAGCACCAGCGGCCCAGACACCGCCAGCACGACGAAUACGAACCAUCCAAACCCGCUCUUCACCGUCCUCGCCCACCCGCUGCCGACGAUGCCCUCCCUCUCUCUUACCACCCCCGACUUCGACCCGGACGCCGAUAGCGCCAGCGCCCAAGAAAUCGCCCUACAACAGCGCCGCCGCUACCAGCGCCGCCUCGCCGACUGGCGCGCCGCCCUGCACCGCCUCGCGGCGCCCAUGCACGCCGCCGUGGCCUACCUUGUCGACGCGGCCGCUUCCGAGUACGGGCGCGGCGGCAGGCAUGCGCGCGACGAGCUGCUGCUCUCGCGCAUGCUGGACCGCGCGGCGGUGGGGUAUGCGCACGCGCUACGGGGGUUGUUGCUGGCUAGUUUGGGCGGGGUGUUGAGCGCGGCUGGUGGCGAUCGCCAGGAGGACGAUGACGGUUGCCAGGGAAAAGGCUUUGGGAACGGUUCCGGGGACAACAAGAUGGACGUGGUUGAGCUGGCGCGGAAGUUGCUCUGCAAGGUCCCGGCCGGGGCGGUGGCGUCGGCGUGGCGGGCUGAGCCCGAUGCUGCCGUGUUCUUUUUUCCGGGUGAGGGUGGGAAAGAGGAGGAGGAGGGAAAGGAGGAGCCAGCUGGUGGUGAGUCGCGGGUCGAGUACACCUGGCGUCCCGGCCUGUGCGGCAGCUGGGUGCGGGCCCGGCUGCGGGACGCAGGUGUGUGGCUGCCGGCCGAGAUGGAGGAGGUGUGGAACCUGCUGCUGACGCCGACGACGGCGGAGCUGGCGGCGCGGUAUCUGGUGUUCCGGGCCGACACGAGCGCGCCGCGGAACUCGGUGGACCUGCUGUGGGAUCUGCUGGUUGCCGUGGAGAAGGGAGCGCCUGCUGCUCAGGGCGCGGCUCAGAAGGGAAAGAAGGCUGUGUCCGGUGAGAAAGAAGCGGUUACCUGUCGCGAGGAGGCCAACCUUCCUGGCAUGAGCAGUUCUGGCUUCGCAAAGGGCAAGGGAGUGGCUGUGGUCGGUCACGGUGAGGAGUGCAAACCCCGUGCAGCCCUGUCAGUCCUGAUCGGUGACGGCAUCGUCGAGCUUCUGGAAGCAUCAUCGGACAGCGAGAGCGAGGGAAUCCUUACUCCGUUGUCAGAGGAAGGAGAUUGGUGA